UUGCGUUUCAUGUUCAAGAGCGAUUUCUGMAACUCUGACAGCAAAAUAUUAAAAAUAAUAGUUCUUUAUUUGAUCUGCACGCCAUGUGAAAAAUUGUCUAUGUCAUAAAAUAUGCAUAAGAACGGCAAAACAGAACACAAGAAUYAUUUUAAUUUUAAUUUGAAAAAAGAAAAAAUGCGAGAAACACAAAACUAUCCGAUGAUAUGYUUUUGAAAUUGAGAAGGUGUGAAUUGGUUAAGGUUCCCACAAACACUAAAUUCGAAAUUCCCACACGCAAUAAAUAAUGUCGCAAAGAAAUGCUAAGAGCCAUAGCAACCAAUGGUUUAUCAAGAAAUCGCGAGCAGAACAAUUUGUGACAGAAGACAUUUUAAGGAACAACAACAAAAAUAAUUGUUUGAAAAUUUAUGUGACAGCCGAUUUCUCAACUGCUCGGCAAAAUAAUUGAACUUAAAGAGCCGAUGGAAAUUUGGAAAUAAACGGAUUUUCGCUAUUAGCUCACAUAAGUAUAUACAUAUCUAUGGCUGCAUUUAGUUUGUGGAAAAUGGAUUAAGGGAUAUUUAUAUUACUCCGAGCGUUAUUGUGCGCCUUCGACGAAGCAAGUAUGAAACACAAAAGAUUUUUGCAGCACAAAAUGAAAUAAGCGAAAAUCCCGAUAUUCGACGAAACACUCGGUGUAGGCGCAUAUACCGACGCGCUCACCUGUUGAAGCUGCUUGGGGCCCUACUAAGGGUCAGUACCAGUCUCUUCGAUUCGAUGUGCACUUUUCCAAUAGUCCCAAAGUACGAGCGUGUGACAGAAAGAUCGCUGCCAAGGCGAAGGCGAACGCACAGCUAAGACUAUGAUUCUAAAAAUAGUCCCAGAAGCAAGCGACAACCAUGAGAACAACAGCACAAACAGCAACACUGAAAACAAAAAGACAAUAACAAAGCAGAAGACGCCGGCAGCAACAACGGGAGAGAUAAUGAGCAAAUGAUAAUGAUGGAAAGAGCACUUGAAAAGUGUUGAAGAGAAUUAGAAUUGCAACCACAACAAUAACAAGAACACAAGAGAAACCAAGUCAAUAAUGCAUAAUGGGAAUUGGAUGAUUGAGUUCGUGUGCGCGGCUAAGAAAUAUGCGGCAAACGCAACAACUCGCGAAAAACAGCUGCUUUGUUUAGCGAAGGCGCCCAGAGAGUGAUGGCUAAAUAUAGAACAGGCGCACGUUGCCAUAGUCGUUAAUGAGCGAUUCGGCUGGUUGUAACAUCAAAAGCAACAACAACAACAAAGCGAAAAUACUACAAUAAACAAACUGCCAACAAGAAUUACUAAAAUAACCGCUAGAAAACGCUUUGACUUAAUUAUGUGACGUCAGAGUGCAACGUCACAAGCAUCAAGGCGUCAAAGUAAAGUCAAAAGCCAUAGAAAAUCAUAAAGACAUAAGCAAGCAUGCGAAUGAGACGGCGAAGCUUACUUCAUGUACGUACAUAUGUGUGCGUCAGCACCCGCGGAGGGGGUGACUCUAAGGUGGUGCAGUCAAAAAUGUUGUGAGAGCAAAAAGUGACAAAGGUGAAAUAAGAAAUCGACAGCUGCGCGCCCAGAUAAUCUCAGUAAACCGACCCGAAGUGUAAAUUUCAAUAAGCACUUAUUCAUAUACAGCGGAAUACUAUAUAUAUGUAUGUGUGCGGUUGUUUGCGUGCUUUUGCGGGGAAUUGAGAAAGUUGUCAACGAAAAUUGUCAAAAUGCUUUUCAACUGCUCAGUCUAAUUUCGCUGCUGAGAUCACUUGGAACGAACGAACGAGCGAACGCGACCAGCGCGAAUGAGCUGCGACAACAGUAACAAACAAAAACAAAUACAUAAAAUAAAUAAUAACCAAAGUGAGGUAGCGCAGAUAGCAACACGGCGCGGAUCUUCAAUCGAAUAGAGUUUCCCAGCAUUUCCAUUUGCUCCACAUAACCGUUAUUUGUGGUGGAAACUGAUAGAAAAUGUUGACAAUAUUUUUGGUGGAUUUCACAAAAGUAAUCAGUCGUCUUUAACUAGUUGAGAAAAAACAAAAUCAAUUGACAAAUUGUUAUAUAAAUCAGCCGAAAAGUUAAGAAAAACUCACUGCAAGCUAUUUUAAGGAAGUGGCUCGCUUCAAAGUGGAAAAUGUGAAGAAUUUAUUUUUUUGGAGUAAAAUUUUUUGAAAAGAAAAAUUACAAAGUGAAAAACUUUGUAAAAAAAAUUCCUCUGCGAGUAACGGCACUCUUAUAAAUAAUGGUUUAUUAACAUUAUUAUUAAAAAACUAAGAUUUAUAAGAAUUUUAAAAUAUUAAGUAAAAUAAUGCUCGAGAAUAAGAAGAUCUCGUUUGCUUAUAUUUUUUUCAUAUGUUUUAUUCCUUCAGUGUCAGGGACGGACAUGUUAGAUUAGUCCAGCGCCGCACUUAAUUACUUUGCAUUAAGGUUUCUUGAAUCUUUACUGAAAGGAGUGUAGGAAACUGGGAAUUAUUGGCUUUCUUGGUGGGCAAGGAUAUAUAAAUUUGAUACUUGAAAGUAGUAAAUUAGUUCACCUUAGCAGCUUUCGUACUGAACAUCCGCAGAUUUACAGAUAGCGGAAAAAAUAUUGUUACUCCGUAAAUUUUUGGUAGGUUUUUGCGGCAAUGAUCUGUCAAGAUAUCUUCACUAAAGAUUGCAAGCGGCUCGUGUGGGCUUCAUGAGCGCUACUUCGUCUGCAUAGCCACCUGCAAUCGCCCGCUCGCACAAAGCGACCAACCGCACAGCCUUCAGCAAUGGCCUCCCACGAUUCCGCGCGCAACGCGAACGCGUCAAUGAGCUGUUGAAGUGCUAAAGACAUUUUUUAUGCCUUUCACUAGCGUAAAAGGUGAAAAUUGCUGAAAAAUUUGUUUUGCGAAAAAUAAGAAUUUUUCAAAGCCAACGAGAGAAGAGCAAAAAGUGUCUUUCAGAAAACAAAAAAAAAAUAAAAUAAAAUAAAAUAAAAAUUUAAAUAAAUAAGUGUGAAAAAUGUGAGUGCAAAAUUAAGAUGGAAUCAAAAUUUGCCAAGCAUUAAAAAGCGCGUUGAGUGGCGAGCAGAAUUUCGUUUUCGACGCAACUGUGUUGAGUUUGUGUUUUGCAAAUAAAUCAACUUCUAGUGUGUGAUAAGUGCUAGCAGGCAGACAACAACAACAACAACCACAAAAGCAAAAGGCGUUGUGCUAAGUCGACAGCGUCCUUUGCGGCGGAAAGUGCGUGGAGCAGCGGCAGCGGCGCUAAGCAGUGGAUCCAGACGCGGGCACUUAAGCAGCGGGACGAAUGUGCAGAAGAUGGCAAUAAAUCGAUGGAAGUAGGAAGCGCAAAAGCGAAAAGCGAAAAGUGGAUAGUGUUGUGAAAAUAGUUUCGGAAAGCAAAAAUACAACAUUGGUAUUCGAAAUACCGUUACAUAAAUAGUUAGAAAACGACGAUCGAAAUAUAAAUUAUUUGAUUAACUCGCUCCGUGCGCUUCGCCUUCUUCCUCAACUCCGGCUUCUGUCGGCCCCUCGGCGCUUUGUUGGCGUACGUGUGCUUGUCGCCUAAAUGUGUCGCUCAGCUGUCUGCUCCACAAGAACAAACACAACAGAAACAAAUACACACGAAAUCAUCUGCCACUGCGACAUUGACGUCAGCUCUGCGAAAGUAUUGCAGUUUUAAAAAAACUUUUCACCGGAUUAAAUGAUAUCGAUCAAUAUGCCACGCUCUAAAUGACGACGCCACCUUUGAACGACGGAUAGCGCGGGAUGUAUCAGUUUUGUUUGUGAUAUUUGCUUUCCCUGAGUUAAAGACUCUUUAGUUGAAAUUUCAAACAACAAAUUUUGAGUUUAGCGGUUUUUGAGAGCAAAAACCAAAACGAAAAAAGACAAGCAAAGCAACACCGAAGACCAGAACAACAAUAAUACAUAACUACUUUAAGUAAUUUAAUAUUAAAAGAAUCUACAUAAGUAAAUAAUCAAUACGAAAAAUACUUUUAAAAUAAAAUAUAACUAUAAGAAUACGAAAGUAUAUAACUAAUAGAUAAAGGAAAUAGGCUUUAAUAACCCGAGCACGUAAGAGCAAAGUGAUAACUAUACUUAGUAUACAUACAUUAAAAAAUAUCCACCAAAACAUCCCAUCGAGCAUAUAAAAGACAAAAAUCUUCAACUAAAUCUACCCAAAGUGUUCCCUUAAGCUCUCGCCGGUCCAGCUAUAAGCAGCAGCUCCUCAAUCGCAACUGUAAAGGCGGAGAGUGUGUGAGAUUCGCGGAGUCACCAUGUCACAUGGGGGCGGCCAGGAAUGUUUGUGAUAUUUCCAGCUGAUGAACUCAUUUUGAUGACAUAUGGUCCCGCCAUACCACGUCUAGCACCACGACCAACACUCGACCGUUUGCGUGAACCCGAAGUGCCAAUUGAAAUACCACUAAGAUCAUUGUCACCGCCGUUACCGUCGGUAAUCGCCACCACCACUGAUACAAACAAAACAACAACUAAUUCAAGUGCCGUUACCGCGGUCGCCACAAACAGCAGUAGAACUGCCGCCAGUCAAGGUGUUAACAGCAGUAACGUCAGCAGCGCCAAUACCACUGCACCGGCACAUAACUCAUCUGCGUCGCGAUCCUUGAAUAGCGGCGCUUCCGCCGCUGCGCCAGUCUUCACCACCGCCUUCACAUACGAUCCCAGCCAACCAGCCCAAACCACUUCACAGCUACUCGCCUCGAACUCCCUACCGCCAACGCCAACUCGGCGUAACUCACGCACAUCGCGCACGUCCCUGACACAUUCGGCUUCGGCCGUGCCUGCACCGGACGCAGCCAUCUCCAAGCGUUCGAGUGUACGGAGCAACAGAAGCAACCGCAGUGCGCACCAACAGACGCCGCCGUCAGCGACGCAACUGCAACAUCAGCAACAACUGCUGCUUCUACAGCAUAAACAACAACAAGAGUACCAGCAUCAGCAAUUACUUCUACAACAACAACAUCAGCAGGAGGAACAGUUAUUGCGACACUUGCAAAUUCAGAAGCACAACAAUACUUCCAAGCGAUCCAACAACUCAGCCACAACCAGCCAAAUGCAGAACGAUGCGACAGACAGCUCGCGAUCGAUGCAGGGCCGACAAGUUGGGCCAAGACCCACGUUAGAGCGCGGUACAGCUAUACGCGGCGCUACACCGCAACACGGUCUUACGCCGCAGCGCGGAGCGACACCACAACUGAGCUAUGAGACGGAACAAUUGGACGAAUAUGCAGGCGCCACAUCACUUGGAGGAGGUGGUGAACAGCUGAUUAGUGCGCGCGACCGUAGUCCAAGCGUAUUUCUCGAACCGCCUUCGCCCGAUCCAACACAGAUUAUUUAUGGCCCAGGUUGGGGCCGACCGAUGUCGCCGAUGGAUCUGCCACCUGAACCGCGGCCUAAGUCCCCCACGCCAAGCAAAUCGUCUCGUUUGCGUCCGAAAUUACAUCUGCCCUUAGGCAGGCUAGGACGUUCUACCUCCACCGAUCAGCGCGAAUCGAAUCGCUUGAAGGAAGACCUACAACUACUUGUCGAUAACCCAGUCUUUAAUUGCGAAAAUUUGCGACAACGCAAUUUCGAUGCGUUCUUCGAGUCGGGGGAACCGAAGUAUAAGUUGCAGCCGAUGACGCCGAACUCGGCUCCUACCGGUUCCCUAUCGAGUGCCAGCAGUCAGUAUUCACCGCAAAUAGAUGGGCGUAGCACAAAGAGUGCCGGUGGAGGCGGUGGUGGGGGUGGUCUGUUUGCACCCACGCCAAAUGAAGGCAAGACGGCAAUGAACUCGCGAUCGCGUUCCACCGAGCAACCAGUGUCACCGAACCGCGAAAGGCGUGCGGCGUCCGUUAGUAGUGGUGUUGUGCCCCAGAAAGAUUCUUCAACAAAAUCUUCAAGUGGUCGAAAAAGUCGUAGAUUCUUUGGGUGGAGGGGGCCACGGAGUGGUUCCCUUGGCCCGCGGGCCGGAAUGGCUUCCUACAAUGGGGUGCUAAAGGAUUACGGACACAGCAGUUUGAAUGAGGCUUUCAAAUCCCAAAAUAAUGUCAACUUUAAGUUAAUCAAAACAGUAUCUGAUUUCACCGAAACCCUCUCCCAUUUAUACGAGGAACAUGCAACUGCCCUACAAUCUUUAGUCUCCAAUUUUCGUAAAAAGAAUGCAGAACUUCGCAAAGAAAGACCUGCCUGCCAUCAGGCAAUUUUCCAAGCAUGGGAAACAUUCCUACAAGAGGUCGAGAGCGAUUCUCAGGCGUCAAACGAUGUGGCCAACGUGCUUUCGCGUCAGGUGUCACGUCCAAUGCUCGAUAAAUCCUUUCAUCGUAAAGUUCAAAGUCGGAAAAUUUUCACACACAGGGAGUCCUUUGAGACUAUUAUCGCAAAGACUGAAGAGAAGCUUUCGAAGUGUCGUUUGGAUUACAAACAGUGUUACUUGUCGCAUCGUCAAAAUCCCACACCACUCUCACUCACCGAAUACAUAGACGCACACAAUGCGUACGUGCAACAGUUGCAUGCCACCAAUGCCAUGCUGGAGACCUACCACUGUGAGACGGUGCCGCAGUUGAUGCAAGAACUGGAGGAGAUACACAAUGAUUUAUGCGGUAUUAUCGCCGAAUCGAUACAACAGGGUGCCGAUGUCAUUGCGAACAAGGCAUCGGAUCAAGCGAAGCGCUACGGCUCUCUCACCGCGCAGUGUAGCGCCGUGUCGCCGAUGCAGGACCUCACAAGCUUCGUACGCAUUCUGCCGCCGCUGCCCACACAGGUGCAAAAAGUUCCUAAGCGCAUGUUUGCGCCGCCGCAGCUGCCGGCCGAAGUCGAGGAUAACGGCGAUUUUAAUGAAAUGGCUCCGGUGCUACGCAACGAGCUGGUCUUCGAUCGCCAUUCGACGUUGUCGUUGCGCCCGGCCCUAGAAUCGCUGAAGCGGGAGGCGCAUGAGCUGGAAAUGCAAAUACGUCUUUUACAGGAUACCGUGGACGGCUUGAACCGCACGCAGCAGCGUGGCAUCGAGGGACAACUGUACAACAAGGUCAAUGAGUUGCAGGAGGAGCUCUCUUUAAAGAAAUUUGAUUUGCGCGCUAAGCAGUUGCACUUCGCUGCCAUCAAAGCACAGAAAGAGUUGUACGCGAGCAAAGUUGAUCCGGGUUCGCCACGCGCCGAGCGUAAACUUUCAGCCGCGACCGCGCCAUCGAUGAAAACAAAGUGGCUGAAAGCAUUUAGAAGCCUAAAGCCGGCUUCCGGUUCAGCACCCGCCGAUAGUCAACCACGUCCAAAUCAAAUGUAUCACGCCGUCUCAACUGUCUUGACCUUAAGGCGCAAUGGAGCUGCCGGCUCGUCCUCACAGCCGCUGCGCCCUAACGAGGAUGGCAGCCACCACCUGCAGGAGUAUACCUACAAGAAGAUAACCGCUUGCGAUGUCUGCUCACAAAUAUUACGAGGCCACACACGUCAGGGACUACGCUGCCGCAUUUGCAAACUGAACGCUCAUGGCGACUGCGCAUCGCAACUGCCGCGCUGCCAGCCGAAGCAGAAGCUAUUGCGCCGACAGAAGAGCACUUCGGAGCUGGAGAACCGCGUCGAUGUCGAGGAUGAAAGACCGGCUGAGGAGGGCAUAAGGGCGCCAACGCCGCCACCGCCACUCGCGCUACAAUCAAAGCUACCACAGCAACAACAGCAAACACUGGCCGACGAAGAGAACGCGUUGCCGGCGUCGCCCAAUGCAAAUCAAACAAUCGGAAAUCGAAAAUUCCGCCAGAAAGUGCCGUUCAUCGAUCGCAUCGCGCAAUUAGCACCGCACUCGCCGCGUCGGCAAAAGCUGAAUUUGCGCAUGAAAUCGCUGAGCUUGGACUCGCCGGAAUCGACGGAACUGCACGGCCAAAUUCGUCGGCGCCAGCAGCCGGUCAUCGGCACAACAACAGUUGUUGGUGGCGGCAGUGUAUAUUACCACGGCGGAUCCGGCGGCCACUUGGAGCACAACACACCGCCAUCGAACAAUAGCCGUUUGCAUUCAUUCAAACGUGCAUUUACAGCGCCUUCCAGCCCCUCACACCAGGGCCGCAAGCUGCUAUAUGCCACGCGCGGCAUGCGCGGCGGCAGCGUCGACCUGCCGGACGAGAUGGAGAAGUCGCAGUCGUCGGCGAGCACCUCGCCGUGCCCCUCACCAAAAUCUCACCGCUUAUUGCCAACGAAUUUGUAUGUGAUUCUGUACAAUUUUAAAGCGCGCCACGCUGAUGAGUUAGACCUGAAGGCUGGUUACAAGGUCACCGUCAUCGAUACCUCGGACCCAGACUGGUGGCAGGGAAAAUUGCUGGGCCGUGUCGGUUACUUCCCAUCCAAAUAUUGUGUGCGUCUAAAUGCCAACGAGAAGCCGUUACAGGUCACACAUAACUUGCAAGUAUCCGAUGGUGAGCGAGGAGAGAGUAUGACGCUUCUGCGGGAUCAAAUAGUUAUACAGACUGGCGACGAGGUCAACGGUAUGGUGAUGGUGCGUUCUGCAGACAAUCGUCAGGGCUAUUGCCCCGUUAAGUACCUGCAAGAGGUGUGACAGCCAAAAGAGCCGCCAGUUGAGCGUGACAAGCCGCAAAAGUCUUCGCUGUCAUCAAAGCUUUUAGAUAAAACGAAACGUAGAAUAAGAAUUGUAGUCUCUGAGAAUGGGGGUAGUGGCGCGAGUUACAGCAACCUGGGUCGCGAACCCAGUGCACCGCCUGCCGAACGCGGGAUGAAGAAUAUAAACAUAGAUUACAAUGACGACUAUACUGGGGGCGCAGAGGAGGAGUACUAUGGGGGUUUUGAUGCGGCCACUGCCAGUAGUAGAAGUAAAAAUGAUAAAAAUUGGGAGAACUGGGAACGCAUAAGGGAACAGAAAUUGGAGAGAAUGAAAAACAUUUGCUUUGAAAGUUACCGUCAAUCGAAACGAGAUCGAAUGCAACAAGCUAAACCGAAACCGAAACAACUUGACCCCACUUGGUAUACAGACAAUAUAUAUUCUAAUCGCUCCGAAGAUCUUGAAGAGGACUAUGUGCCGGACUGCCUAAAAUAUGGAGCAUAUCGUAAGCUUCGCAAUAUUCGCGAACAGGAUGAGUUCUUUGUGGAGGAUAUUUUGGAUGACGCUCCGCAAGAUGUUGGUAGUAAGGGCAAGCGUGGUGAAGGCGAAGGUUCUUCCAGCUAUGGAUUGCACCGCUCAAUCAGCUGUAAGGAGUUUCAGUAUCCUAAGUCACAGAGUUGUUAUGUGAUGAGUGGUGGCACGUCCUAUGAAGGUGGUACCACAUCCAUAUUGAAGAAAACCAAUGUGCCCAAAUCGUAUUCGUUCAGUGCCACGACGUCUAAGACAACACCCUUCGAUGUGAUGGACUACGAACUGCCGCAAACGGGCGCAACGCGCCGCGAUAAACAAGAGGCCUUCCGCAAGUCCGCGGGCUACUACUGCAGCAGCAGCCUUGACGAGAGCACGCUAGCUUAUGCGACUCACGAACCGCCGACGUCUACGCCGCCACCUCCGCCGGCGCCGCAUUCAUGUUGCGCGCGCGAACAAUGCACCAGCGCCAAUUGUCUACUUGACGAAAUCUAUCCGAGCUAUACGGCGGCGGCCGGACGUCGUACAUGGCGCAGCCGUGGCACGCCCGUGGGCAUGUAUAGCGCUGGCGCCAGCGGUGGUAGCAACAGGAACCUACAUACCGCCUCCGCCUCCACCACAACCGAUUGGGUCGAAGAACGGGAACGCGGUAGCCAGCGUGUGGCAGCGGCCUCGCGCUACUCAAUACACUCGGGACGUGGGCGCGAUCAUGAACGUGACCGCCACAGCGAUCGUGAGUGUGAGCAGCCACCGCCGCCGCCACCAACGGUUGUAUGCUGUUGUGCCGCCGAUGACUAUUGCUACCACCGCCAGCAACAGCGCCAUAUUGCCAGGUCGCGUUCGCGCCUACACUGUCCCGGCCACCACCCGGCAGCCGAAGAGGAGGAACACUUACACUGCCGCGCCAUGGCCUACGACACCGAUCUCGAUCAUUUCAUUCGUGAUGAACGAGAACGUCUGCUAAUGCAAGACAAAUUCUUAGACGAAGACGAGCGCUAUCUAUCCAAUGCUGGACCAAGUUUACACUAUGCAACCCAAUAUAGGCGUCCUGCGCGUAGUAAGUCUCUAUUGGAAGUACAACCACCUAGUCGUUAUGAUGAUGACACGUGCUCGGACUCCACCGAAAUGGACCUUGAGGACUUUAAUGUAGACUUGGAAAAGUAUUGGGCCGAAUUAGAUAAGCCACCGAGUCCCGUUGAUUUAGAUAUGCAGCGUCGCAAUAUGCAAAGCAACCUCAAGGCGAAGAAUGUCAGUGUGGGUUGCUAUAACAACGGUCAACCAAUCGAUAUGCACGAUCGUGAGCAAGAACGAAUGAUGAUAAAGAAAUCCCUACUCGAGGGCAUGCCGUCUCCGCCACAAGUGGAGUCGUCGGCGCCAGACGGCUCCUCACUACAUCAUGGCGCCAACAAUUCAGGUGACUUUCAUUUUUUUGAACAAGCUGGCUCGCCCCUCCACCGCGCCUACAACUAUGGCCACAAAGUGUACCCGGUCGCAGAUUGUCUUCCCUCAUACAAAUAUAACAACUUCUACACAGAUCACGAAGUACAGACCAAACAGCCAACCACCGGUGGACCUCACCCCUCCGCCGGUGGUCAUUCAGCACUCAGUCUAAUCAAUAACAUAUUCUCCAUCUAUAAACCAAACAAGUAUUCAGCCCAAAACUGCCAAAUGAACGUUGAUACCAAACCCGAGCCGUGCAAGAAAAUGAACGUACCGUCUAGCCGCCGCCCUCUAGGUGCACCACAUUCUGACUACAUGCACUCAAUGAAGCGACCGAUGUUGGUCAGCACCGAUCAGCCACAAUUCAAAAUCAUACCCGAAAAAACGGGCCUAAAAAUUACACCGCUCUACACGUAUGAAGACUACAUGGUCGAGAAACCACAAUCGCGACAUAAAUUCGGUGGCAUGACGCGACCGGUGGUGCCUCCGCACUGAUGGUGCUGGACCUUUCCAUGGUAUGGCGGUUGUUAGGGACACCGGGGCUGAAAGGAGCUGGUGAAGCGAACGCGAAGCUGAAAUAGACCGUUAAGUAAAGUAAUGAAAAUGAGGCGUGAUGACGACGUAGAGCAGGGAAGCGCUAGGAAAGGAGUGUGUACUUUAUAAGGAGUCAAGGGAGACAAAGAAAAUGCAACGGCGCCGGAGAAACGCACAAAUAGCUAUUUUUAGCGAAACAUAAAGACAAAGCCGGAAGAACACGUGUUUUUACCGUCACUUGAAGGCAGCCAUACAACAUUAAAUACAAAAAGAUCCGCACUCAGUCCCUACCUUUUGCUUGAAUGUCGAAAAAUUCAUUUUCAUCUCUGUUUAUGGGAUCAGCCAUCAACGGCAUCAUCAACACUAUAAUAUUGACUUCGCGUCACCCUCACAUUUAAAAGAACGAUGUGUGUUCGUACAUCGUCAUCUUCAGCGAUUUCAGAAUGUUAACAUUUCACAAAUUUUCAGUUUCGGUUUCGGUUUAGUCAGCAUCAUAGAGCUCCAUAGCAAGUUCUGAAGGUAAAGUACCAAGUCUCAGUUGGGGACUAAGCAACGCCUGGUGGAACUUGGAUCGCGUGAGUACAAACGUAUUUGGGACGAGUCAGCAACGCUAUACCAAUGGAAAGUCAUCAAACGGAAUUGAUGUGAUAAAGUAAAUGACAUAGAAGAACUGUAUAUCAUAGAAUAUAGUAUAACCAAGAAGUACGAGAAUAUUUUCGAGGAGGAAUGAAGAAGAAGCGGUGGACAAAUGUAGUUCAAUCAGAAGCAGCUUAGAAAUGUGCGUGCGUAAACUUGUUUAUGUGCGUUGGAGCUGCCCUAUUAAAAUCGCAUUUUGAUCUCCAGGCAUUAACGGUAAUUAUUUGAAAGCUUCCAGCAGAUAUGAGAAACAUUGUGCAGCUUUUGCGGGAUUUUGAGUAUUACUUUCCCUACAUCUUUUUCUAAUUGGAUAUUUAAUUUCUUUUUGGUUCUUGGCCCAACCUCAGGGCCUUUUUACUCAAAGCAAGGCGGCAUCAGUUCAGCUCAGUCCACAGGGUUUUUAAAUAGUACUGAGAACUGAUACCCUUGGUCAUUAAGGAACAACACCUGAGAACUUUUUCUCAUUGAUUUCAAUUUCAGUGGAGCGGAAUGGCACCUCUUUAGAUGGAGUGGCCAUUUCUCUUAAUUUUUAAUAAUCAUUUUAAUAAUUAAUCGUCCGUUUUGAACGUCUUUCAUUUUUUUCAUAACUUACUAGAAAUCCUGUUACUAAAAAUGCGCUCUCGACGUUCUCUCAAUCACAAUAACACAAAAAAACCAAAACAAAAACUCAAUUCGAAAGGAAGGAAAAAGCAAAAAAAAAAAACAAUAAUUAAAUAUUGGUAAACAAUCAUAAAUAUACACAAAAGCAAAAAUAUAUUUACACAACUAUACAAGCAUAUUUAGAACGAAGCGACAAUGAAAGCCGAAGAGCCGAAAAGCAAAAAGUCAUAUCCAAAACUCCUACUUAAAAAAGAAACAAAACAAAACAAAUAUAUAGUAUCUACGAGUCGUAUGUAACUGUAUUUGAGUAAGUGCAUUCGUAGUAGACGCUGCAACGGUAGAAGGCAGACCUUGAUGUGAACUUAGUCCGCAGUUUUGAAACACUUUUUGCAAAAGCAACAAAUAUUUAUUGAAGCUAACUUACAUAAAGUAAUGGAUAUCAAUUUUUCCACCAUAAAUAUAUAAACGUUUAUAAACUUUUCUAUUUUUUAUACCAAAAAUGACAACAAGAAUUUGAUAAUGUUAUUUUUUUGGAGACUUGCAUACAUUACCAAACACAUUUUCCAAUUACAAAUACAAUCUAAUACAAUUCAAAAACUAAUAAAAAAAAUGCAUUGAAAUCGCGUGAGAGGGCUGUUGAGCCCUUCGCCAAACAGCUUGCAUUACGAAAUGGUGUAAAUAUGAGAGGCGGAGCUUUGAGUGUCAAAGCUUCAUGAAAGGACUACGUUUCACUGUGAAAGCUGAAACUUUUGAAGGAUGAAUACAUAUUUAUUGGAGCAGCAGCUCAAAGGCGAACAUCCGAUCACAUUGCAACUGUACUGUAAUGCUAAUGCCAAUGGAAAGGCAAACGUUUACUGAAGAGCGCUUAGGAAUAAAAGCAGCCGGAACAGAGCUGGUUGUAAGCUAAACAUAUGCAAAGUAGAUAUUAGAAGAACUCGCAGCACUUAGAAUCCUUAGCACAGCUGAAUGUUAAUUGUUAAACAAGAAGAAGGAACAUGCAAGAUGCAGAGAAAUAUUGCGAUAUUUCGAACAAAACUGACAAGUGAAUGUUUACAACAAAACACAAAGUGUAAAAGAAAUAAGUAAAAUAUUUUAGCUUAAGAAAUCAGCAGAAUAGCUUAAGGUUAAGGCUAAGCCCUUCUAGCGUGUAAGUAAUUAGGUAAAUGAAAAUAUUGAGAACCACAAAACGCAUUUUAGCAAAUCUUAUUGCAAAUCUAAUUGCUGACAUUUGAACGAAAACGAUUAGAAACCAAACGAUGAACUUAGUACUUAGAAUUCGCUUUUUUAUAGUGUAUCCACGGGCCUUAUUUUUCAGCAAGUAAAACAAACAACCAAAAACGAAAACAAAAACAAAAACAAAACUUAAGAAACGCAAUUUGUAAGAAGCGAAGCGCAUCCAAAGUAGAUGUUGUUGUAAUUUGAUAUAGACACACUCCCGGCAUUUUAGACUUGCAGAGAGCGCGCGGAGUGUUAACUUACACCUUUACUCUUGUACAAAUGUACAAAAAUAAACUUAGGGUUUUGCUUGUAGACCCACAUAUGUAUAAAAUAAGCCCCCUUCCAUAAAUUCAUCGUAGGUUUUCCAUUUUCAAAACUAUUUGUGAAAUUAAUUGAAUAACGAAAUCCUUUACAUGAACCUAUGGACCUUUAGAAGAUUCCAUAAAAAAAUUAACAAAUCUUGAAGCUUAUUAAAAUAUCUCCCUAAAACGUUGAAUGCUUAACAGACACGCCAGAACACGCAAUUACUUUUCAUGCAUCCCCUUCUUUUAUUGAAGCAUGAUUUCGAAGUCACUUUUCCUUUAAAGUGCCAAAAUUCAAUUGCCGGGGAGACCUAAAGCAACUUUAUUAAGCUUCAAAUAUUCUUCGAAAAUCUCACGGCGCCUAGAAUUUAUUUGUAAAAUAAUUAUUUGUAAAAUAUUAUAGGCAGUUUGCUUUAAAAUCGUUCUGAAUUUACCAAUUGAUGACCGAAGCCACUAAGGAAAUGGAUUAUAAUGCAACCAGUGGUUAUUGGUUAACUUGUGUCUUUGAACAUCCAAAGAACCCUGUUAGCUUCACAAUUUAGUCAGACUGCUUCAUAGAAAUGCCGCUUCAGAAUCUCAACAUUGAGUUGAGGAGAGCCUGAUUCCGCAAAGUGAACAGUUAAGAUUAGUGACAUUUAUUUCUAGGGCUCAAAAACUAUUUUCGGUUUCUCACCCACAAAAGUUGAAGCAAAAGAAAAGUUUAGCCAUUACUAAAAAACGUUUUUAAACUAGAAUUUUGUUUGCCUCUUCAUAACAUUCGAGGAACACUAUUUUCAUGACGUCUUUCUUGCUAUACGUUUUACAGUUAUUUAUAAAGCUUAGUAUCCAGCUCUCAAGAAUUGUAAAAACUUUAUAUAAAAAACGCUUAAGAUCAAGCAAAUGUUCAGCGGUAAAUUUUCUUGUGCUAGUAUGCAGCUCUAAAGAAAUCCAGCACUAUUUUUUAAUACAUUUUUUUUAAUAAAAUGCGAA